UCCUGUCAAAAUUGCCAACGAUAAAGGUAAACAAACAAUUGGCUAAAGCAGCUGGUUGUGUGUUGUGAAAAAAAGCUAAAACUAAACUAACUAAAAAUGAAGGGUUAUUUUUAAAUUUCCUUAUUCAGUUAUCUGUUUUUGACACAAAAAAAAGAAAUAAUAUAGAUUUUCAACUAAAAAAAAGUUCUUAAGCAUGACUGACGAAGCCGACUCUGAUGGAAUUACAGACUCCCCAAGAAAAGGCCCCACAUUAUCUACUUCCACUUCAAGUUUUGAAGCCCUAGACCCCCACGACCCAAACUUAAGUAGACUAGCAAACACGCUUUUUAGUAAAACUUCAGAUUAUCUUUAUGGAGAGCUAACUUCCACCUUGGAUGACUAUAAGCUAUUAGAAAAUAUGAAUAGGACCACCAUUACAAAAUACUCCGAUAUGAAGCACAUUGCUUCUAAUGUUAGUAAAAGUAUGGCCGAGUUGAUUGAAAAUUAUGAAACUUUGUUACCUCUUCUACAGCAAAUAGAACAGAUUGAAGACAGCAUAGGCAAAUUGGAACAAGCUGCAUAUAAAUUGGAUGCUUAUUCAAAAAGGUUGGAGGCAAAAUUUAAAAAUUUAGAGAAGAGGUAGAGUUUUAUUGGUGUUAAAAGCAUUUAUAAUAUAAGUUAAUAUUUUGUUGUGUAUAUUUUGAAUUGUAUUAUACAUUUUUUAUUAACAAGGAA